UUGCAGAAAGCCGAAUCCCAGAGACGCUCCCGCGUUACUCCUCCUCGCCCACCUACCUGCCCGUCAAUUACCAGCUCCUCAACUCCGAGUCGUCGUUCUUGCUGAAGGAGGCCACGCAGGACUUCAUGCGCAACUCGAGCUUCCUCUCGAGGACCGAACCCUUCUUCAUCCACCAGGCCAGGAAACCUCCAACCCUCAGAGCCAGCUACGGCUCGCUCUCUGUGGAGCAGCCCGUUCCUCCGGAGCUCCUCCAGCCUCCAGGCUCUUUCAUCGCCUCCUCCACGCUCUUCACCUUCAACUGGAAGGUUCAGACCUUCAUCCUGAGACAGAAGAUCCACCUGGACAAGCCCAGGAUCCAGGUGCUGUUCUACAUCUCUGGGAGGGACUGGGACGACUACAGCGUGGUGGACAAACUGCCCUGCGUGCGUAUGUUCGCGUUCCACGAAACGCAGGAAGUACGCGGGAACUGCCGGCUGCAGGGGGAGCUGGGAGUUUGCGUCGCUGAGCUGGAGCCUCCCACAUCGUGGUUUGCUCCGCCCACCGUCAUUCCCGGACGGCAAAAAAUCUCGGAUCUUCCCGAGGGAAACCAAGUGGCGCUUUAUUACUCUCUGCGGUCAGCACAGAACGGACAGUGCCUCGGAAAGGAUCCGGGGUUCAGGAAUCCCGGCCAGCCAGGAAGCCAGGAAGACUUGUUCGGAUCUACCACGUCGACUCCGAUGAAGAGGAUCGGAACCGUGAGGUUGUUUAGGACUCCCGCCGACCCGGAAUUAUCCGAACAGAGAGUGGACGGGAAUUUUGCGGUGCUCGUGCCAUCGGCGCCGGUCCGGCCCAGGGAAAGCGUAUCGGCUUACGUCGCCGUUUCUCCCUACUCACCCGUGGAAAUGUUCACUUUGAGGGUGAAGCUCAAAGACGGCGUGACAUUCUUGGGGGCGCGACCCUGCAACCCCAUGCUGUGGAUGAUCAGUCAGGACGUCAGGGUCGAAGGUCACCGGGUCGUCACCCUGCACUGUCGCAAGAAAGAGUCCAGCUACGCGCAGAGGUCAGAACUCUCGCUGAAAUGGUUUUUUGUCUAAUCUCCGAGUGUGCCGGUAUUACAGUAAAUGAACUUGCAAUUCUGAACCCGAACGGAGGUACUAAUCCCAU